CGCAGCGGUCGUCGUCCGCACGGGUGGCGUGCGCUGCCAUUUUGGCCGCGCGAGGCGGGAGCGGCUCCUUCCGCGGCGUGUGUUUGUCACCGGCCCCCGCGAGCGAGGAGGGCGGGCACAGCUGUGAAGUUGGUAAGGAAAGAGGCUUUCUACCUGUUCUUUUUGGAUGGACAGGCUGUAGUACCUGGACUAGUGAGUUAAGAGUGUGCACAGAUACCGAUGGCCUAUAUUCAAUGAGCACUAUUGGCUGAUACUGACCUGAUUUCUGAUAUAAGGCCGGGCAACUUGGAGAGCAGUGUCCAGCUGGUAAAAUGGAUUCCUUGUCUCCAUCACCUAAAUUUUUAGACGUGGACCUAAUGAUAAGUCAUGUAGCAUGUCAUCCAAAAGAAAUACUUGUGACAUUUCAGGGCAAAUCUAAGACAGAAUGUGAAUUUGACUACCAUAUAUUACAAAAUGAAAUACAGCAUGUAUGCAAAGUAAAGGACAACAUUGGCAUUGGUGAAUCAUGUUUGGUAGAGGAUGCAAAUGGAGAGUGGCAUAGAGGAAGAGUGUUGGAAAAGAGAGAAGAGGUCUGUGAAGUGUUUCUUGUGGAUAUUGGGAAACUGCUAAUAGUCAACAAAACACACAUUUCUUCUGUGAGUGGUCAAUUGUUCCAGCUUCCUCCCAAGGUGCUGUAUGGUGUUUUUGCAAAUAUACUUCCAGUUGGGGAAAAAUGGUGUCCGAAAGCUGUGAAUUAUUUUUCUUCUUUAAUGGGAUUACAGAUUAAAGGACAUGUGCAAGCUAUUUUGCCCUACCAGACAUUUCUUCUUGAAGUGCCAAAAGUCACCAGUGAUGUCCUUGAACUCCAUUUAGGAAAACUUGUUGAUGGACAUUCUUUUCGUCUUAUUGUAGAAAUGUUAAAGGAAUUCCCUCAAGGAGCGAUUGAUAACAAAUUGCCAGAUUUGCUCCAGCAAAAAUAUACAAGGCCAGAUUUGUUCUCUCUCAACAGUGCUGAGAAUUUAUCAGAUUUUCAACCAAUUCUGGAUAAUCUCCUGCUGCCUUUAACUGUUGGCAGUAUAGAGAAAGUAAAAAUAACUGCUGCAGUCAGUCCAAGUAAGUUUUAUUGUCAAGUACUGAAAUGGCAGAAGGAACUGGAAGAUCUGACAGCAGAAAUGCAUUUAUACUGUGAAGCUAUCAGUAAAGAAAAUAUUCCAUCUUGUGAUAGUUUUGGAGUACUCUGUGCUGCCAAAACACAAAAUGGACAGUGGCACAGAGGAGUAAUACAGCAACUCCUCUCUGCUGACCAGAUAAAGGUCUGGUUCAUGGAUUUUGGCCACAGUGAAGCUGUGCCCUCAAAUUGUGUUCUGAAGCUUAAAUCAGAAUUCAUUUCCUUACCAAUGGUUUCAUUUCCAUGUGCACUGACAUGUUGCAGUAAUCAGAACGAAGCUGCAAUGAAUCUUCAACUGAAAGAAUUUAAACAGGCAGUGGUAUGGCAAACUUCUGUCUAUGCAUGCAUUGAUCUGUUCAGUGCUAAUGAACGUUUAUACUAUGUUACAUUACAAAGUAAAGAAUCUGAAAUUAAUGCUAAAUAUCUCAAACAGGAAAAAGUAGCUGUAGCAGUUUCUGAUUCUAAUGCAGUUUUGUCCACUUGUGGUGAAAAUAGUGUUUCAGGUACAAAUGUUAUUGGCAAUACUGAACAGACUGGAAGCUGCUUAAUUGAAAAGAACUCUUUAUCAGUCCAGUGCAAAAUGGCAGAAAUAAAAAUAAAUUCUAAUCACAUUGCUUUUGUGAAGUAUGUGUUAAAUCCAUCAGACUUCUGGAUUCAGACUGCUGACUAUCAAAAUGAGUUUCAAACCAUGCUGAAAAAUAUUGCAGGUGUGUAUAAUGAAUGUGGAAUUAAUGAUAGAGUUGUUGAAAACCCAAAGCCUGGCUUACUCUGCUGUGCCCGAUAUAGCAAAGAUAUGCAUUAUUAUCGGGGUAUUAUCACUGAAGUGGUUGGUGUGAACGUUAGUGUGUUUUUUUUGGAUUUUGGAAAUACAGAUAUUGUGCCGUUUCAUGAUGUGAAAACUUUGCUUCCAGAGUUUUGUGAAUUACCAGCACUAGCUUUGUGUUGUGAACUUGCUCAUGUAUCUCCCAAAGAGGAUGUGUGGGUUAAAAAGGAAACUGAUUUCUUUAAAAAGAUUGUAUUUAACAAACCACUCCUGCUUCAUGUCAUUGCGAAGCAAAAUGAAAAGUAUAUUGUGAAUGUACAAUUUAUGAAUGGCUUGAAACAAAUGAACGUUGUCACACUUAUGGUCCAGGCUGGAUAUGCUGAGUAUUGGGAAAUGAAACCAAAUUCUCCUUUGGACAUUGUAAAAAAUCCUCAACUUCCAAGUCCCCAGAACAAAAACAAAAUAUAUAAAAAUAGACAGGGCAUGUCUGUUAUACAUAAAAAGAGUGAAUCAGCAACCAGAAAUACCUAUCAAAACAGUCAAUUAUUAAACAUUCUUCCUGCAGCCAACAAAUCUUUUGCGUCUUUUCCAAGUUGGGAAAGUGCUAUAUCUAAAAUGCAUCUCAUGGUAUCUGGGAGAAGAGAGUCUAUGAAGCCUUAUAAAGAGUUCAUAUUCAAACCAGGAACAGUUCUUGAUGUUGUAUGUUCACAUAUCAAUUCUCCAGGAGAUUUUUCGUGUCAGUUACGAAGCAAAUUGCCAGAGCUGAUGAACUUGAUGGAACAAAUUCAGAAUCACUAUGAAGUGCACAACAGUCCUUAUACAACUGGACAGAUUGCCUGUGUUGCCAAACACUCCAAGGACGGGAAGUGGUACAGAGCAUCCAUUGUGAAACAAACAUCUAAAACUGAAGUUGAUGUGAUAUUUGUAGACUAUGGAAAUCGGGAAAGAGUGUUACUCAAAGAUCUUCAAGGUAUUCAUCCAUAUUUUCUAAGUUUGGAAGGUCAAGCAUUUAGAUGUAGUAUUAAAAACGUAUCAGAAUUCUCACAGUUUGAUCCAUUUAUUUGGACUGAAAAGGCAUGUAGGGACUUUGAAAACUUCAUUUCUGCAUCUUGUGGGCAACUGACUUGCAUAAUUUAUGCUCUAAUUCUUAUAAGUCCUAACUGUUUGUGUAAUGUAGUUGAUUUAAAGACUCCAUUUAUUAGCACAAGGCAGUUUUUCAGAGAGCCUGAGUGUGUCCCAGCCCUGUUCACAAAAGAACUUGGACCACUCUUUUUUCUGUAUAGUUUUUGCUACUCAUCUUUUGAUGUAAAGAUUGGAAGUGAAGAGGAGGUAUAUCUAACACACAUAUGUAGCCCUUCAAAAUUUUAUUGCCAGCUUAAUCGAAACACUGAAAUCAUAGAUGCAUUGAUGCUGAAGACUGCUGAGAUUAGUAAAAUGACAAGGAGUCCAAAACAUGACAGUAGCAACAUAAGAUUAUGCAUAGCAAAAUACUUUGAAGAUGGUAUGUUUUAUAGAGCUUUAGCUUCUGCUGUGGGGUUGUCAUCCUACUCAAUAGUCUAUUUUGUGGACUUUGGAAAUAAACAGAUGGUAGAGAGAGAGAAACUGAUACCUAUUCCAAAUAAUGCUGUUGAUGUACUAUUCACACCCAUGCAAGCCAUCAAAUGUUACCUGCCGGAUCUUGUAGAGAGAGAGAUUCCAGUAGAAGUCAGUAGAUGGUUUGAGGACAGCUUUAUGGGGAAGCUCCUGAAGGCAGUAGUUGUAUCUAGAGAACCAGAUGGCCAGAUUGGUGUGGAGCUGUAUGAUGGAAAUCUCCAGAUAAAUAAAAGAAUUAAAGAAAUGUUAUCGGAGUAUGUAAAAAAAUACACAGGGGAAUGUGGACAUGUGCUAAGUUGUACUGAACAGCUUGCUGCAAAUAGCAAAAUGUUACACACAGAAUUCAAUGAAGCAAAUGUUACAAGUAUUGAGAGAAAGGGCUUGAAAACUGAAACAAAAAAACAAGUGUAUGAUACAACUUCUCGAACUGAUUUUAAGCAGGGUUUUGAACCUAAAGAACAGGAUGUGCUUACGGUGCCAAAAAAUGUGCCCUUAAAAUUGUCAACGUUCAAUGGCAGUGAAGAGCUAGACUCUGAAAAUAUUGUGAACUUUUCUGUGCAACACAGAAGAAAAAGUACAGAUAAAAAAUGUACUUCCAAAUUGCUGCACUGUUCUGCUGUGUGUAUGGAGAAGACAGCUGCAGAUGAUGUGCCUGAAACAAAUACCAACAAACUAAAUUACACAGGUGAGCAAAAGAGUAGUCGAGUAAGUUUUCCCAAGUGUAUAAACCUGCCCCCACGUAAUAUUCAAGCGAAUUCUAAGUUACCAGGUUAUAUUUCUAAUCUAAAUAGCUUGUCAAGUUUCUAUAUUCAUCUUGCAGAUGAUGAAAAUCUAUUAAUUCAACUUGCAGAAGAACUCAAUAAAGGAGCAAUAAAUACAGACUAUGAACGUUGUCUCAAUCAGUUUGUAGCUGGGGAUCUUGUUAUUGCAGAAUAUGCAAUUGAUUGCUCUCUGUAUAGAGCAGUUAUUAAAGCUGUUAGAUCAAAAGAAUCUUUUGAGGUAGAAUUUAUUGAUUAUGGCAAUACAGCAGUUGUGAAUUCAUCAAAAAUCUACAGGAUUCAAACAAGGUUCUUAACUUUGCCGAAGCUCAGUAUCCACUGUUCCCUUAGCAGAUUAAAAAGUAGUUCUCCUGAUAGAACCUGGAGCCGUGAACUUAUGUUUUACUUUGCCAGAGAAGUGAUUAAUAAGCCAAUCAUCUGUGUGUUUUUGCAAGAUCAUGAACAAAAGUGGGAGGUGGAUAUACUUUGUGAUGGAAGGUCUAUGGCUAAUGACUUACUGGAGAGGGAAGGCAGCUCAAGAUUACAGAAAACCCAGGUGCUAGAUGUGGAAACGAGACCCAAGGAAAAUAGUGUAGUCACAAGUGUUGACUCUGAAGAUAAAGUACAAAGGAAAAUAUCUGAAGAUGCAAAUAAACACAAGGCUGAGAAACAUCUUUGUUUCCUAGAAACACCUAGAAACACCUCAGAGAAUCCGUCUAAAAUUCCUUUUCAAAAUUUAAAUGCUGGGCAGCUAGAAAUAGCUGAAAUAAUUAAUGUUUCAAAAUGUGGAAACUUUUGCAUAAAAUUAAUUAGAAAUGCUGAAACAUUGAGUCACUUAAAGAUAAUGAUUGCCAGAGAAGUAAAGAAAAACUGCUUGCUUGCCUUUGAAAAUAUUAAAGAAGGGUUAGAGUACUUGACAAAAUCUAAAAGAACUCUGAGUUGGUACCGAUCAGAAGUGAUAAAAAAGUUUGUGUGUGAAAAGAAACUCUUUGUUUUUUUUGUGGAUUGUGGUAGAUGUGAAACGGUAUCCUGGCAUAAUACAAAAAUGCUCUCUGAUGAGAUCCGAAGUAUUCCUAAACAGGUUGUUUCAUGUAAAUGGGUUUGGGUUAAAAAUUCAGGUAAAAUACCAUUUGACCAUGUGCUGCAGACAGUUGCACAUCAUGAGAUAAAGAUCCUGUUUUUACGAUACUUAGAAUCUUCUUGUAUCUGGGAAGUAGAAAUCUUAAUAGAUGGGAUUCUACUUUUGGAAUAUUUGAAUCAAAUCUCAAGCCAAGAUAAAAGUAAAAAACUGAAUUGUUCAAAAUGUGCAAGUAAUGUACACUCUGUGAUGUCAUUCAGGAUAAAUUCAGUUACAUGGGCACUAUUACAAAGCGGUAAUCAGUACCGUGGAUUUGCAGCUACAGUUACUGAUCCUUCAAACUUCUGUGUUCAGUUAGAAGACUUAUUUGACACUAUGAAAACUUUGUUCAUGCUACUCUCUGACCUUCCAGAUAACUUGCCAGCUUUGCCACAGGAAUUUGUGACUCCUGGUGUGAGUUGCCUGAUUAAGCUUGAGUUGGAAGCACAGUGGAAUAGGGUGGAAGUGUCUGAAGUUUUAAAUCACUCUAUUCUCCUUACAUUUAUUGAUUAUGGCUUUCUAAAAUACAUCCCUUACUCUGAUAUCCAUAAACUUAAAAUCAUUCCAGAUGAACUUGUUUGCUUGCCACGACUAACUUAUUUGUGCUUUUUAUCUGGGGUGAAUCCUGCGAAAGGGAACAACUGGAGUGAUGAAGCUAAGCUUUUGUCACAAGAAUUUCUGAGUAAAGGAGGUCUGAUUUUCCGGUUUAAACAGUAUGGUUUUGGAAUGAAAUUAGAAGUAGAUGUUUUCUGUGAGGAAAGAAAUCUAGCUGAUAUCCUGGUUGCUGCUGGCUUUGCGGUCUACAUUCGAAGUAAAAACUGCUUUGUUGCACCUUAUACAAAACCAGAGGAAGCAUGUUCACAAUCUAAAUGUGAAUCUCAGCACUCACUCUUGCAGCUUUCUGAACCAAAACUUGACUGUCGGGAAAACAUUGUUUUGCCAGUUGAAGACGAGAACUCUCAACAGCAAAUACUAGAUCUGCACAAUAAAAAGGACCGUUGUACAGUAUCAAGAAGGAAUUCCACUAAACCACAUGCUGGAAGACAACUGAGGAAGAAAACAAAGUCAAAUAAUAAUGAUAAAAGUACAAAAGAUAAGCUCAAGACUGCCAGAAAUAAGCGUAUGCAACACUGUGAUGUGGAAUGUAAAAUGAAUGGCACAGAAUGUAUUACUGAAAAAAAAUGUCCAGAAUCACUGAAUGAAACUUACAAGACUUCUGAUCUGAACACCAGAAUGAGAGUAAUGAAAAUAAGGGAAGAGAUGCCAUCAAACUAAUGUUUGAAAAGGUCUUCAGUGAAUCGUUUCUUGGAGCUAGGUGCUGAAGACGUAUUUGUUUGGGGAAAAAAACCCAAACAACCAGACGGCUGUUGAUGCAAAACCUGUUUUUAAAUCCGUACUUGGCAUAUUGCAGAGCAAGGACUAAUAGAACCCGGGUGUUCCAUAUUACCACCGGAGUUACAGGGUUAUCCACGCUCUCACUCAAGAAAUAUUUAGUUAGUUAAUACAAAGUAGAGCAAUUCUUCCUUGUUGAAUUUUCUGAUUACAGUGCUACCUUGAUGUGGAAGGAGCACAUGCACCACAGUGGCAUACACAAGCUUAGUGCAUGCUGAUGCAAUGUGACAGAAACCGGUUAUUUUGAAAGUUCUUUUGGGCUUUGGGCUGCUUGUAACCUGUGAGACAACCUUAGCACUUAGGUUUCCACUAUUGGGCUUACACAAAACUUCCUAGUUGACAGUUGAAUAUUUGGCCUGAGAGUGAUGAUAGUACUUAAGUGGUAAAUUUAGGUGUGUAGUUAUCUUUGAGGACUUGGACCUUGGUAUCUCUGUGAAAAACAACAAUGUAAAAAUGCUUUUGUUGGUCCUAAUAACAGGCGUUAGGCCUAGCCAUUUGGGUACCAGAAUUGGUCUCUAAAUGCUUUAGGAACAAAAAAUAAUCGCUUGAAGGUAUUUCUUACCUUUAACAGAUUAAGCCAUUAUCCUUAAAAGCUAACUAGUAUUCCACAGUAAUUAUUAAUUUGAUUUGGAUAGGAUUGGGAUCUCAUCAAACAUGCAAAGAAACACUGUAAAAGUGUAUGGCUUAAUUGAAGAUUAUGCAGUAUGCACAUGAAUCUCACAAUGGGAGAGAGAAAAGGAAAAGCUAUUAUAAGAACAUAUGUUUAUAUGGACAAGCUCUGGGCAUAUUGGUGAGUAUUUUUGUUUAUGGCUGGGUAUGAGUAAAAUAAUUAUCUGUAAUCUGUAGAACCUACCAUAUCUUAGAAACAUAGAAAAGUAGGAUUGUAAAGGACUUCAGGUUAACUAGCCUAACCCCUUGUGUAAGGCAGGAUCAUCCAUGUCUGGAGUGCUUUAGAAAUGUGCGCUAACUUGCUCUUUAAAAACAACCAAAAACAGAGAUUCCAUAGCUUUUCUGAGUAACUUGAUCCAAUGCUUCCUGUUAAAACUUUCUUCCUAGUAUUUAACUUUUCCCCUGAUUUGCAGUCAAAUGAGAGUUACAUGUGUAAACCUGCCUCCACCCCAGUGUGGGGGUUAGAAGCUGUGUCUCUUGUUUCCUGGACUGCUAGACUAAAACAGUGAUUCUCAGCCAGGGUGCUGUGAGCUCCUUUAAAGGGUUUUUUGGGGGUGCCAUGCAAUGUUAGCACUGUUAGGUUUGCCCUUGCCCAUGAUUCACAAGAUAAACCCAGAGGGAGCUUGUAUGCGUGAGGGAGGUUUAGUCCUUCAGGGUUGCAUUCUAUGCCCCCUAAAUUGAAAGGGUGAGUUUUUCAUUGAAAUGGUGGGUUUUAUAUUUCUGUCACUAUACACCCCAUUGACCUGGUGGCUGCAAGUGCCUGCUGAAGGCAGCACCAAUCCUUUUUUAUUUUUUGGUGGAACCUGCCUACCUCUCCCGUGGCUGGGGGUGAGCUGCUGGUCGGCUGAGCAGCCCAUGAGCUGCAGGGGGCCUCAGUCCUUCCUUCUAUGGCAGCAGUGCCCUCUGGGGCUGGCCAGGCAGGCUGCUACUGGACCAGGUGCUGCCCCAUCUCAGAGGCACCUGAUUCAACUCUUCCCCCAGCUUGCCCGGGCUUCCAGUACCUUGUACACCAUCCCCGCCACCUUCUCUGGCCACCAGUACACCCAGCCACCUUCUUGUCGCCUCCCCAUGCUGCCUCAGGGGCAAGCCAGCUUGUUCCCAGAUGGCCCCAGAUAUCCUGGUGGCCACAGGCACCUGCUGAAGGCAAAAGUAGUGAGGGGCCCAAUCCUUUUUUUUUCAGCAGAGACUGCCUACCUCUCCCAUGGUUGGGGAGUGAGUUGAUAGAUUAAUGGAUGCAAUGUUCCAAGUUGCAACGUUGCAAACUAAACUACGUUGGGAUGUGGUUUAGUUUGUGAUGAAGCAAACUCAUUUAAAACUCCCCAAACUCACAUAUAUACUCCCAUUAAGCCACACACAGGGAAAUUUUUGUCACGUGUACAUAUCAACAUUGUCAUAUGUACAAACGCCCAGAGAUUUCAAAUAGAUAUCCAAAGUGCUAAAAACCUUCUGACAUAUGGUCUUUCUGAGUUUUUUGCACCAAAAGAAUUUCUCUAUUUUUUUUCUGUAGUCAAGAAACAAAUGAAAGCUAAGACCGGACAUUUUCCAAGUGAUGUUUUAAGGUCAAAGAAGUUUGAGAACGAUUGGGCUAAAAAGUGAGAGGGCCCCUCUUCUGAUGUUUUAUUUUCAGCGGGUGUACAUGUCCCAGAGCUAUUUUAAUCUGUUCCAGGUAAAAAUAGACUCUAAACACUGAACAAAUGCCAAAAAUUGCAGUUAAGGAGCUACAUAAGUGCCUGCCUGCCUCAUCUAUCAGGCUGUUAUCAUCCCAACCCAGUUGUAUAGGUGUGAAACUUGGAUAAUAUAUUGGAAACACCUGAAAGCUUUGGAACAUUACCAUCAGCAAUGUCUUUGGCAAAUCUUCGAUAUCAAUGUGAAGGACAAAAGAACAAACACCGGUGUUCUGGCUCAAGCAAACACCCUUAGCAUUGAAGCCAUGUUUAUUACACCCUG